GCUCUAUGGUCUAGAGAGGGGUGGCUGCUCGUGCUCGCGUCUGAGUCGACUUUACUAUAUAUGGGCAAAGCCAAGCAAACCUUCUGCGGAGCUGGCUUCCGUGUUUGUGCGAUUAGGCGAGUCUAGACCAGCCGGUGGCAGGGACGGAUAAGGGAGGCUUGGUUUUCCAUUCAUUCGGGGAGAUUAACACCAAAUCAGCGAAAAUGGCCUGUGAAUUAAAACAAGUGUUCGCCAGUCUCCCUCAGAUGGAGAGAGGCGUUGCAAAAGUCAUCGGAGGCGAUCCCAAAGGAAACAACUUUCUGUACACCAACGGAAAGAGCGUCAUCAUCAGAAACAUUGAUAAUCCGGCAAUAGCGGAUAUUUAUACCGAACAUGCUCAUCAAGUCCAUGUUGCCAAGUAUGCGCCCAGCGGCUUUUACAUCGCUUCAGGAGAUGCGUCAGGUAAAAUCCGGAUCUGGGACACGACCCAGAAGGAGCACCUGCUGAAGUAUGAGUACCAGCCUAUUUCGGGGGCAAUCAAGGACAUUGCCUGGUCAGGAGACAACAGCCGGAUUGCUGUCGUCGGCCAGGGACGGGAAAAGUUCGCAGCGGUGUUUUUAUGGGACUCCGGUUCCUCCGUGGGCGAGAUCACCGGACACUCAAAGGCCAUCACCAGCGUGGACAUCAAGUCGUCACGUCCAUACCGACUGGCCACCGGCAGCGACGAUCAAACCUCUGCGUUCUUCGAAGGGCCGCCCUUCAAGUUCAAAGUUAUGAUGACGGACCAUAGCCGAUUCGUCAAUUGCGUCCGCUUCUCUCCGGACGGGAAUCGGUAUGCUACAGCUGCCUCCGAUGGUAAGAUCUUCGUCUAUGAUGGAAAGACCGGAGAUAAGCUUGCUUCCCUGGGCGGUGAAAAGGCCCACGAAGGGGGCAUCUACGCGAUUAGCUGGAGUGGCGACAGCUCCCAGCUGAUAUCUGCGUCGGGAGACAAGACGGUGAAGCUGUGGGACGUGGCCGGCAACACGGCGGUCACCACCUUCAACAUGGGCGGCGACGUCAACGACCAGCAGCUGGGCUGCCUGUGGCAGAAGGACCACCUGCUCAGCAUCUCCCUCUCCGGCUACAUCAACUACCUGGACAAGAACAACCCCGACCGGCCCUUGCGAGUCGUCAAGGGACACAAUAAAUCCGUUCAGUGUCUGACGGUGCACAAAUCAGAGGGAAGGUCCAACAUCUACACAGGUAGCCAUGAUGGUAAUAUCUUUUGCUGGGACGCCGAGACCGGGGACUGCGACGAGUUCCACGGGAAGGGCCACAGCAACCAGGUGUCCAAGAUGGUGGUGGACGAGUCCGAGAAGCUGGUCACCUGCAGCAUGGACGACACCGUGCGCUACACCAGCCUCGCCAAGAAGGAGUACAGUGCUUCUGACAUGGUGAAGAUGGACCUUCAGCCCAAGUGUCAUGCCGUGGGACCAGACGGAUACGUGGUGGUCGUCUGCAUCGAGCAGCUGGUGCUGCUGAAGGGCGGGAAGAAGGUGUUCACCCUGGACAACCUCGGGUACGAGCCGGAGGCCGUCGCCGUCCACCCACGCGGCGGGACUGCCGCGGUAGGAGGGUCGGACGGCAAAGUGCAUCUGUACUCCAUUCAGGGAAGCGCGCUGAAGGACGAAGGGAAGACGAUGGACGCUCAGGGUCCCGUCACCGACGCGGCCUACUCCCGCGACGGGGCCUACCUGGCCGUCUCGGACGAGAGGAAGGCCGUCACCGUCUUCACCGUGGCCGACGCAUACGCCGAGAAGGAUGUCUUUUACGGGCACCACGCGAAGGUGAUGUGUCUGGCCUGGUCGCCAGACAACGAGCACUUCGCCAGCGGGGGCAUGGACACCAUGGUCUACAUCUGGACCCUCAGUAACCCGGACAAGAGGAUCAAGAUCCAAGAUGCUCACCGGCUGCACCACGUCAGCAGCCUGUCAUGGCUGAACGAGAACACCCUGGUGACAACCUCGCAUGACGCCUGCGUCAAGCAGUGGACUGUCAAAUUCUAACCGGUGCCAGCGGCUCUUUGGAUCAUCAGGGACUAGAACUGCUGUAGAAGACAUGGCGUUCUCCUCUAUCAGUCUGUGUAUCUGUCCCCACCCCCCCCCCUGUUCUGAUAGGUCCCUGAGCCGUCAUGGCGACGGGGGAAAAAGGUUCACAUCUAAACACGUAUGCUGUAUUUUUGAAGCUUUAGUCGGCUUAACUGAUUGCACGGAAAACACAAAGGAACACACAAAAAAAAAAAUAGAAGCACUUAACAUUAUAUCUGGAGCUUUUUCAAAUAAAAAAAAAAAAGUAAAUAAAAAAUAAAAAAAGAGACACCCGCAUAAAGGAAAAAAACUUUCUAUGCUCGACAUUCCAGAGACAGCCAUCUUGUCUCAGUUCAAACGGGGGAUAGAGAGCUCCGUCUGCUCGCUUAUUUCUAUUGAGGGAUGUGUGUUAAAAUUGUAUGGAGUGGGAUUUGACUUUCUGCCUGGUUGUGUGACCGUGGGAUGUUUCUGUAUCUUCCAGAAUUGUUACGUUGAGUGGGUGGGUGGAAAGGAAAGUAAAAUUAAAGCUUAUGGUGGAUAACAGUG